GUAAAUAAUAUAAUUAUUACUUAAAAAUUAUGCCGAGCAUUGAUGUCAUAUCAGAAUUACCAAUUCAAAAAUUGCACGAUUUUAAAACGCAUUUGGCAGCGGUCAUUUCGCCAAUCGUACACAAUUGCACAAAAACACAAGGCGAUGCACAUGCGCGUACUACGACGCAAAUGCGGACUACGAUCUUAUUCAUUUUACUAUGGUAUAACAAGGUUGAUAAGCAGGAGAACAAGUAUAAUUAGUGAAACUUAAUUCGCUAGAAAAUCUACCUUGCUAUUACAUUCUUUUAUAUUGAUUUAUAAAAUAGAACAUAUAAUUACAAUAUUUCUGUAGUCUUAUGCGUAGAACAAUUUUUAAUAAAUCAAUUGCUCGCAUCUAUAUCUUUCAAUUACUAAAAUAAUCAACUUUUUUUCUCUUCACUCUUUAAAUUAUUGUCUAUAUAUAUUUUGUAUUUUUCAGUUAAUACUGAAAAAUGUAUUCUAGUAUAAUUUAAUAUGUUGAAUAACUAAUUGUGAUAAUUUAUUAUUAAAGUAUGAUCAGUAUACUUUCUAAACUUAAUUAUAUACAAAAUGGUUUUCUUUGGGUGCAAUCAAAAAAUUAUUGCCAUACAAUCAAAUAUGUACAAGGGCAGUCACCUGAGAAAAAUAUCAGAGAAUAUUUUUAUUUUAUAGACCACCAAGGAAUGAUAACAUUUUUUAGGAAGUUGUUUAAUCCACAAGGAAUAAUUUCAACAAUAUUUUAUCUCUUUUUGGAUGAUAGUAAAAUGAAAAAUUUCACGUCAGCGUAUAAAGAAAUUGAUUUUUUGGUUUUUUUUUUUAAACGUCUUAAAAAAAAUACAACCAACCGAUUUACCGAACAAUUUCCCUGGAUAUCUUUAUGUGGAAGAGAGCGCAAUUAUAUCCGAUGCGAUGAUCUCCCAAUUGUGUUUACCCACAUAAUCAAAAAUGAAGUUGGCUUUUUUUUUAGUCACAACCAUGCUGGUCAAAAAUUGAUUAUUCCAUUUGAACCUAGAAAAAUUUGGAUGGAUGUUGAAAAUGGUAGAGUUUAUCAUCCAGCAAGUGAACAAUUUGGUUCAAUUGGCUUAGUAUCAUCUAAAGCUGCAAUAGAUUUAAGUAAAAGAUUUGUGUAUGCCGAUGAAGAUCUAUUAAUUCCAACCCAAUUUAUGUGGGACGGUAAAAAACAUAUUUUAGAUAGUGAGUGGAUAAAGAAUGUAAAAACUGAAUAAGUAUAUCAUUAUGUUAUAUAGUUGUAGAUUAUUAUUUUUUAAAUAAAUAUGUGGAUUAACAGGCAAUAUGUA